AUGGCGGACGGUCACGUUCACGGAAGCUCCAACACAAGUGUUAAUAAUCACACUGCUAGUUGGGAUUCCAACAUUAUAAAUGAGUCAAUUAAAUCAGAGAGUAUUACGUACGACGGAACGAGGGUAAAAUGGUGUAAAGAUUACGAGUCAUUGAAAAUUUUUAUCGAAGCUGCUUUCGGCUUAGACGGGAAAUGGCGGGCUUUCGGAGGAAGCUCGAAGAAGUUUGAUGCUGCAAACGCCGACUUCAGUACAAUAUGGUACCCAGGUAAACUGAACACUCUUACAUUUAACGGAAAAAUAGGCAAACAAGCAAAGGAAAACCUAACCAAUCGCUGCGAGUUGUCGUCUAUGAAUGAUGUCGAAAAUACAGUAAAUCGUAAGGGCAAUUGUAUUGACGAAGUUAAACACCCACAAUCAAACACUACGAGCGCGCUUGGCUGCCCUAAUGCCUCGUAUAAGAAUGGAAAAGCGGUUAUUGAUGCUCCUUAGGCCGUAUUCUGUGGGCAAAUAUCUUUCAGUUCCGCUGCCAUCGGUCUCCAUCUAAUCUUAAUUUAUAUAAAUCUAUAGAUUUUGACACACUAGCUAAGUAUGAAUUUCAAUGUUGUCACUCGCACAAACCUGCAGUUUUUGAGUAUAUUGCCACCAAAGUUCAUUAUCUUUCACGGCUUCGAAACAAGAUGGCCGCCAUUUUUGUCCUGGGUACUUCGUGUAAUAUAUGAUGAACGGUACUAGUUCAAGUCUUUUCCUGUACUCUUCGAGCAUUAUAUUUUUAUUUUACAUGAAGUACAAGGUAGAAGAAAUGUACUUACAGUUCUUACAAAACUUGCAUUGCCAAGCAUGGCCUCUUAUUGUUUGAUUCAUUUCGAUGGAGAAAGUGGACAGCUUGCACGCUUUACAGAGUAUGCAUACAAACGAGUUUUAGAAUGUAGAGAGAUUUGGAAGACAUUGGAUGGAAAGCAAAGAGAGGUAGCAUAGAAUACAGCAUGCUUUGACGAUAACGAAUGGCAAAAUCCAGCAGCUGGUUACCACAGAGGAUGUUAUUCGAAGUUCACAAACAAAACGUCAAUAGAAAGAGCCAUAAUUCGGUGCGGGAAGGCACAGCUGGUACCACAAGAUGAUUUAAAACUUUUAGAUGAUGAGGCAACUGAAACCUGUGGUAAGUAGGUAUUAUUAUUAUCAUUGUCAUUGUCAUUAUAUUAUUACAAAACUAUUAUUAAACAAAGUUUCCUUAUUAUUAAACAAAGUUUCCUUAUUAUUAUUAUUAUUAUUAUUAUUAUUAUUAUUAUUAUUAUUAUUAUUAUUAUUAUUAUUAUUAUUAUUAUUAUUAUUAUUAUUAUUAUUAUUAUUAUUAUUAUUAUUAUUAUUAUUAUUAUUAUUACUGUUCGUUUUGUGAUGAAGACUUCGUCGCGCUCGGUCGCCAUUCGUGGCGUUGUAAACAGCGGAUUAACCAAGCAGAACGAGAUCCCCCUGACGCUACUACAAGACAAGUGCCUGUAAUGCAGUCCCCUAAUGUUCCUGUGUCAAGUCGCACGGUUGUUAAAUGUUGUUGUGGCAAGAUAUGCAAAGGGGCGCGCGGCCUUAAAAUGCAUCAGCGCAGUUGUCAAGUGAUACAUGGCCUUAACGACGAGCUUUGUGCAGAUCUUGAGGAGCAAAUAACUACGGAUAACAGCGAAAAUAUUUCAGAAAAUGAACACAACGGCAAUGAUAUUAAUACAGUUAAUUACGAUAGUUUUCCUGAACUGAAGAAAGGCAUAAAUCUCCCGAAAAAUUAUUCUGAAUGGUCAACGGCUAAUGAUUAUUUUAAAUGUGCACUCCAGCCAAGUGAUCCAAUCACAUUGCAAGAUCUAAAUUCAAAAAUCAAGCUUUUAAAUGACGCGAUAUACAGCUACUUUGCAAAUAAUUAUGGACAUACUGAAACUGUACCCGACAAAAAUAUGGUAGCUAAAUAUAAAGAGUAUACGGUUAAAGAGUUAAAGAAAGCCUUACAAAAUUUAAAAUCCAAAAAGGGUGAACUCAGUGAAAUUAAAUACGUAUCGCGUACAUUGCGUGACAGGCUCCGUAACAAUAGCAACGACGCCGAUGACUUAAAUGACAGUGAGUCUUUUAAUCACAACAAAUAUCUGGAACGAAGCUUUUGGGGCUAUGUUAAAAAUAUAAUCAAUAGAAAAGACGCAUUAUUACCAUCAUUUAACAUGACUGAUUGCCUUUCUUAUUUCUCUAAAUCUCUGGCUAAAAUUAAUCCUAACAAGCUAUUUGUAAUUCCCAGCUGGAUCCCAAAGUUAUGUGAUCCUGAAGUUCAAUUUAACCUUGACCACCCGACCUAUCAACAAAUUACGAAUGUUAUACGCAAAAUGAAAUCGUCUAGUUCUCCUUGCCCUCUUGAUCAACUUUCGAUAAGAAGUUUCAAGAAUUGUCCUUAUCUGAGAACUUAA